AUGCAUAAUUUUGGGGAGAAUGAAGUUUAUGAUGUUGAUAUUGUAACAAGCACAGGUGAAGGCAAGCCUAAGCUGUUGGAUGAGAAACAGACGACUAUUUAUAAGAGAGCCAUUGACAGGAACUACAACUUGAAGAUGAAAGAAUCUAGGUUUAUUUGCAGACUCUUGGAGGAGAAGAGGGGUCAGCUGGGUUUGGUGGAGUGUGUUCUUCAUGAGAAGCCGGGUAGGAAACUUCUGUCUUGGUUAAUACUCUGGUCAGAUUCACUCACAGUUGAUAUAGUCACAUCUCAUCCUGAGCAGGAGCUGCUGCCCACAAAGACGAUAGAUCAUCCUGAAUCAAGGCCUAAUUUAUGUAAUGGAAUUGGUGGUGGAAGGAAGAAGCAUGGUAAAAAGGGUGACAAAGCUGAGUCUUCAACAAAAUCUGAGCAUAUGGAUGCAACAACAAACGGUGUUGCUACCCAUCCCAAGAGCAUUAUGGUUGGUGGGCACAUAACUCAGCUCUCGUUGACAAAGUAG